ACCGUGGAGCAGCCCCUCGAGGCCGACGCGGACGCCGUCGACGUCGCGCCGGGCUCCGGCGGCGUCGGCGAGGUCUGGAUCCGCGGGCCGACGCUCUUCUCGGGCUACGACGGGAACGCCGCCGCGACGGCCGAGGCCAUCACGCCCGACGGCUGGUUCCGCACGGGCGACCUCGCCAAGGUCGACGGCCACGGCUACCUGACGAUCACGGACCGCGCCAAGGACAUGAUCCUCGUGGGCUCGGAGAACGUCUACUGCGUCGAGGUCGAGCGCGUGCUCAACGACCACCCGGGGGUCAAGCUCGCGACGGUCUACGGCAUGCCCGACGACGCCAUGGGCGAGCGCGUCAAGGCCGUCGUCGUCAAGCAGGACGAGUCGCUCACGGCGGCGGCGCUCCGGCGCCACGCCGCGGCGAGGCUCGCGGAUUUCAAGGUGCCGUCGUCCGUCGAGUUCGUGACCCGGGCGGAGCUGCCCAUGACGGGCUCGGGCAAGGUCGCCAAGGCCGCGCUCAAGAAG